CGACCGCGGCCAUCGCAGUUGGAGGCUAUAUUUUUUGGGGGGGGGUGAGCAGCGUCCAUGGAGUUACUUUGCGCCCACUCCUAGCGGCAAGGACUUGGGUCCCGCGGGCUGACCGUCCCCGGCAGGGGUGCGGGGCCGAGGACGCCGCUGGCCCGGCCGCCUCCCUCGCCGCGACCCCGGAUGGAUGCGCGCCCCCCGCCCGCCUGCACCGGCCCCAGGAGCUCCGGGUUUCGGGAGCAUCCUUCCCGCGCUGGCCCUUGCCGCGGCGCGUAGCCGAGGGCAGCGCCCCUCGUAAAGGCACCGCAGAGGAAGGCUAGACCAGAGAGCCAACUCCCUUCUCUGAAGAAGGAAUCAGAAAGACCUUACAGUUGCCAAUGGGUAGACAUCUGGGAGCAAGCGGACUGAGCUUUGCCCUCUCUGAGGUGGAGAGUACGAUGGAAGAGAAGAGGCGGAAAUACUCCAUCAGCAGUGACAACUCUGACACCACUGACAGUCACGCCACAUCCGCGUCAAGAUGCUCCAAACUGCCCAGCAGCACCAAGUCGGGCUGGUCCCGGCAAAACGAAAAGAAGCCCUCGGAGGUUUUCCGGACAGACUUGAUCACAGCCAUGAAGAUCCCAGAUUCAUACCAGCUCAGCCCAGAGGACUACUACAUCCUGGCAGACCCGUGGCGACAGGAAUGGGAGAAAGGUGUGCAGGUGCCUGCUGGGGCAGAGGCCAUCCCAGAGCCUGUGGUAAGGAUCCUCCCGCCACUGGAAGGCCCCCCUGCCCCAGUGUCCCCUAGCAGCUCCGAACUUGGCGAGGGCCCCCAGCCUGAUUGGCCAGGGGGCAGCCGCUAUGACCUGGACGAGAUUGACGCCUACUGGCUGGAGCUCAUCAACUCGGAGCUCAAGGAGAUGGAGAGGCCAGAGCUAGACGAGCUGACGCUGGAGCGUGUGCUGGAGGAGCUGGAGACACUGUGCCACCAGAACAUGGUGCGGGCCAUCGAGACGCAGGAGGGACUGGGCAUCGAGUACGAUGAGGAUGUCGUCUGCGAUGUGUGCCGCUCUCCUGAGGGUGAAGACGGCAAUGAGAUGGUCUUCUGCGACAAGUGUAAUGUCUGUGUGCACCAGGCGUGCUACGGGAUCCUCAAGGUGCCCACAGGCAGCUGGCUGUGCCGGACAUGCGCCCUAGGUGUCCAGCCAAAGUGCCUGCUCUGCCCCAAGCGAGGAGGAGCCUUGAAACCCACGAGAAGUGGGACCAAGUGGGUGCAUGUCAGCUGCGCUCUGUGGACUCCUGAGGUCAGCAUCGGGUGCCCGGAGAAGAUGGAGCCCAUCACCAAGAUCUCGCACAUCCCAGCCAGCCGCUGGGCUCUGUCCUGCAGCCUCUGCAAGGAGUGCACGGGCACCUGCAUCCAGUGUUCCAUGCCCUCCUGCGUCACGGCGUUCCACGUCACAUGCGCCUUUGACCAUGGCCUGGAAAUGCGGACUAUAUUAGCAGACAAUGAUGAAGUCAAGUUCAAGUCAUUCUGCCAGGAGCACAGUGAUGGAGGCCCACGGGGUGAGCCCACGUCUGAGCCGGUGGACCCCAGCUCAGCCGGUGAGGACCUGGAGAAGGUGACUUUACGCAAGCAGCGGCUGCAGCAACUGGAAGAAGACUUCUACGAGCUGGUGGAACCGGCCGAGGUGGCCGAGCGGCUGGACCUGGCUGAAGCGCUGGUUGACUUCAUCUACCAGUACUGGAAGCUGAAGAGGAAAGCCAAUGCCAACCAGCCACUGCUGACCCCCAAGACUGACGAGGUGGACAACCUGGCCCAGCAAGAGCAGGAUGUCCUCUACCGCCGCCUGAAGCUCUUCACACACCUGCGGCAGGACUUGGAGAGGGUUAGAAAUCUGUGCUACAUGGUGACAAGGCGUGAGAGAACCAAACACGCCAUCUGCAAACUCCAGGAGCAGAUAUUCCACCUGCAGAUGAAACUUAUUGAACAGGAUCUGUGUCGAGAGGGGUCUGGGAGGAGAGCAAAGGGCAAGAAGAGCGACUCGCAAAGGAAAGGCCACGAGGGCCCGAAGGGCAGCCCUGAGAAGAAAGAGAAAGUGAAGGCGGGGCCCGACUCAGUCCUGGGGCAGCUGGGCCUGUCCACCUCUUUCCCCAUCGACGGCACCUUCUUCAACAGCUGGCUGGCACAGUCUGUGCAGAUCACAGCAGAGAACAUGGCCAUGAGCGAGUGGUCACUGAACAGCGGGCACCGUGAGGAUCCCACUCCCGGGCUGCUGUCGGAGGAGCUGCUGCAGGAUGAGGAGACGCUGCUGAGCUUCAUGCGGGACCCCUCGCUGCGCCCUGGCGACCCUGCCCGGAAGGCCCGUGGCCGCACCCGCCUGCCUGUCAAGAAGAAACCACCCCAGGAUGGGCCCAGCCCACGGACAACUCCAGACAAACCCCCCAAGAAGCCUUGGGGCCAGGAUGCCAGCAGUGGCAAAGGGAUUCAGGGGCCACCUGCCAGGAAGCCUCCACGGCGAACGCCUUCUCACCUGCCGUCCAGCCCUACAGCUGGGGACUGCCCCAUCCCAGCAGCCCCUGAGAGCCCCCCACUGCUGGCCCCUGAGACCCCAGGUGAGGCAGCCCCAACGGCUGCUGACUCGAAUGUCCAAGUGCCUGGCCCAAAAGCGAGCCCCAAGCCCUCGGGCCGGCUUCAGCCGCCCCGAGAGAGCAAGGGAACCCGGAGAUCGCCGGGUGCCAGGCCUGAUGCUGGGACAGGACCGCCUUCUGCUGUGGCUGAGAGGCCAAAGGUCAGCCUGCACUUUGACACUGAGACUGAUGGCUACUUCUCUGAUGGGGAGAUGAGUGACUCAGACGUGGAAGCUGAGGGCAGUGGGGUGCAGCGGGGUCCCCGGGAAGCAGGGGCUGAGGAAGUGGUCCGCAUGGGGGUGCUGGCCUCCUAAGGCACCCCUACCCCUGUCCCAGGCCCUGCCCUGUUCCCCCAUGAGGCCUCAGCCCAGUCACAACUGCCAUUUCCAAUCUCUGCCAGAGUGUGUCAGACCCUUGAGGCUGCCACUCUGUUGUGGUUUUAUUUUUAAUAUAGAGAGAGUUUUGAAUUCCACACUGUUGUCUUUCCUCUGUGCUGGCCUAGGACAUUAGGUUUCCCUCCACGGCUCUGGCGAAGGACCACACGGGUCCUGAGUGCCAUCCCUGCCGCGGCAGCAUCCCCACCCUGGCCCAUGCAACACGCUGGGCUCCUGGCUAAAUGUAGGCGAGGUGAAGGAGAGCACAGGACUUCUGAGCCCGCUGCCACUGGGUGGCACAGGCUAUUGUUUGGGCAUUAUUUCCUGGCAGAUGGGCCAGCCCAGGGCCUACCCCGCCUUGCCCCCAGGUCCCACUGGGGUCCACCUGGGGGGUCCUGCUGCACUCCACUGAUCCCCAAGGAAGUAUAACAAGUGAUACCCAGCCAGAGUCUACUCACUGUCACAAAGCACAACGAGCUCAUGUGAGAAAGCACUGAGGGGGCGCAGAGGGCCCACUGGUUCCAGGGAACCACAGCCGUUCCUGAUCAACCCACGCCAUCUGAGGCCCACCCGCGACCCUCCACUCCCCUGCUGCUCCACCCCUGCCAGCGCCCAGCCCGGCGGCUCUGGGAAGGGGUUACUGGAAUCCUUCCCAAGCUGUGCCAUCUACUCAGGGGACUCCCAAACAGCCAGCUGCCAGUGCCAGCGGAGGGCUGCAAGGGAGGGCCAGUGCCCAGACGGGGGCGGGGGGCUCAGACUCGCCCGCUGCAGAGAAUCGCUCUGUGGCGCCAACUUCCUUCCUUCCUUCGGGGCCAAUCUCGGCCAAAGUCUGGUCACUCUGAGACAACUGACCGGACCAGACCGUUUGCCUUUUCAAAUUUCCCAGUCCUGCUAAGAGAUGAGCUGCUUUCCUCGUUUCCUUUUGGAAACUUCUCCUUCCAACUGGCGGUGGGAUCCCGGGGCCGGGCCAGGCCAGUGUUGGCCUGCUAGGGCUGCGUCAAGCCUCGCUGGGUGUUCCUGGUUCCUCUGUCCCUCCAAGCCUUAACCCCUGUUCCAGCCGUGUCCGCCCUCCCCCCACCACAACCCAGCUUCCCACCCCACCCUCCAGGUCCCAGGUAGUUGCCCUGAAGAGUUUCAGUGGAGUGGCCCCAGGGUGAUAGCUCAGGGAACAAACUAAAAGGAAUUCAGUGAAAAUGCGGUUUUUUUCUGUUAUGAAUUACUCCUGGGUCACUUCCACCACCGGUAAAGCCAGAACUUCUCCAACAAGAACCUUGCAAAAGCCCAGCCAAUCAGUCGAAUCAUUCUGUGGAUGCCAAAGAAUAUUUUGACCAUAUUACAGCACAGCCUGGACCUGACAACUUGUCAUGUGGACUUGUUUUUAAUGGAGUUCUUUAGCAACAAAGCAUAGAAACAUGUUCAUUGCACACAUCCAAGCUGAUGAGCCCAAGCUCUCGGACGCUUGCUGUUUGGCUGCUGAACUGUUGGAACCAGGAACCAGGUGUUGGAUUUCAGGUCCUGGGCUGGACUCGCUGUGAGCAUUUCUAAACUCAGACUCAUGAUGGGAGGAAUCCUGAUGGCGGAACCAGCCCGGCCAAAGUUUUUACCAUUUGGUUCCCCCCAUGCAAAUGCACAAAGCGCAAAUCAGUGGGAUGGGGAGCAGCUUGACCCCCCCCAACUCUCGACUCUAAAACUAUCUUAAAGGUACGACAGUGGCAUCAUCGACACCAGUUUCAUGUGAAUUUAGCAAAACAGGAAACCGAUGCGAGUCAGUUCAGAGGGGGCAGGAUGAGUAUGUCCAGUUGGAGUGGACCUAGGGUAGGCUUCAAGGGCUCCGGGCUUUGGGACAGUAUGAGCUGCCAUGUAGAGUUGAGCCUCCCUGCCCACCUUGGUAGCAGGGGCCACAUCGGCCUCCCUCCCCGUUGUCUAUUUACUGCCUUUGAACAGACCCUCCCCAAGCAUCAGAUCACCUAGGGUCACAGCUUCCUGCUGGACUGCCCCGCCCGACCCCACAGGAAGCAGAGGUGAGCUUAACAACCGAACUCUGCCUGGGGCAGGGACACAGUGCUGCGAACAGCUCAGAACUUGCCCCCUUCCCCUUCAACCACUCCACACAGAGACUGGGCUCCCUGGGCGUGGAGGUCGGGGUGAGGAGUACCAGGGAGCAGUACCGAGGGCCUGGCCAGGGUCUGGACCAGCUGGGCCAGGCAGGGCAGCCAGAACCCUUUGGGCGGGCCUCUGGAUUCUGGCCCUCUUCUCAGUUGGCUCUUGGACUGAGUGGACUGUCCCUGGGGCCCAUGUGUCUGUCAGCCUGGCUGGCAGUGUCCCCUUCUCUCUCCUGCCAGGCAGCUGUCCACCUCUAGGAUGUACACCAGGCUGCAAGGAGGAUAAGGUAUCCCUCCCCAGUGUGCUAUCUGCUGUUAGCCACAGUCCCUUCACACUUUUUCCGGCCCACUAUCCACACUGUAGACAAUUUUGCUGCCCUUGAGGUUAAGGCAGGAAGCAGGGAAGAAGGCAGAGGAUCUUUUCAAGGCCAGAGGCUGAGGCAGGUCUUUCACUUAACCACAUCUGUCCACAUCUUGGCCACCCUCACGGGCGCUCCUCGGGUGUGGAGGAUAGAAGCUGCUCUGACUUAUUCUGGCUGUCAUCCCCAUUCUCCCAGUCCUGGCGGCCCACACUACCAUGUCCCCCUUCAUCACAAUGAGAAAGAAUAAGGUGCAAGGAAAGUAUUUUUAUGGAUCGUAAGUGUAUUUUAAACAAAUGAGAAGGUAGAAGGGUUUAUUUUAAUAAAUGAGCUCUGACUUUGUGACAGUGUGUGAGCAUUUGCAAUGGAAGGGUCUCCUUUACCUUAAGAGAAGCCACUGAGGUUUCCAGACGUGUGUUACAGACUGUGGGUGUGUGAAUGUGUUCCAGGGCAUGUGUCUUUUGUCCUUGCACAUGUGGGUUGGGGGGCAUGGUGUGGGCACACUGCAGGACUGUCAGGGUACUGAUCAACUGCCCGAUUCAAAUAUACAUUGGCAGUAGCUGGACUUGGCAUUUCCUCGCUUACUGCCAGAUGUGGCCAGCCUCUGCCCAUGCCCACAGCAGAAUGGUCUGGAUGCCUGGAGCAAGGCCCUGGAGGAAGCCACUUCUCAUGCGCUGGCCCAGCUGGCCACUUUGGCCAAAGAGCCAGGGCUGGAGUCUGGGACUUCAGGUUGUUCUUAACGUGCUUCCUGCCACCUUGCCCCUCAGAUGCACAAUGCUCUGCUCCAGUCGGCUCGGGGUGGGGGAAUGAUAUGAAUGUCACAGGAGGAGACACCUUCUGUCUUUGUUUCAAAGAAAGUGAUGUGCCAUUUGUUAAUAUACAAGAGAAAUAUUGAAAAUAUAUUGAAAAGAGCAAUUUUAAAUUAUUUUUGGCUUAUGUUGCAAUAUUUAUUUUCUUGUAUUAGAAAAGAUUCCUUUGUAGAGAAAAAAAUGUAUUUUUCAUUAACGCAAAGACCUAUUUCUCCUUUUUGUACAUCGUCCAUGUUUGCUACCCUACCGAGCAAUAGAAUGUAUGGCCGCCUUGGUGUGGCUGGUGCCCGCCGCGCCCUGCAUGGUUCUGUGUUGCCACUGCUGCGUAGCUCCCAGUCUUACCCUGUCCUGCUCACUCAUGCGGGUUUCCAGACCCCGGCCCCCUCAAGGGCCUGUGUCUUAAGGCACCCUUUGCACUCCUCGUGUGUUGGCAAACGCAGUUAAUAAAGCAAUGUUUUCUGUG